AUGUUAAUGGAGUUAGGCGCCACCUGCUGGCGGCGGCACAACAGGCAGAGGCAGUCUGGGGCUCACUGUAAAUGGGUAGGGAGAGUCAGGAGCUGUGAGGGAACCCCCUUCCCCCCUCCUUUCUCCCUCCCCCUACUCCAAUUCAACUCCAGCAGAAGAACAUUGACUGAGGGCAGAGCCAGGCCUCAUCCUGACCUUCAUGGCCUUCCAUACACAGACAGUGGCAGCUACAGUACCAGGAGAUACAAUGAAGAAUGCCACAAAGAAAAUGAAAUAAAAGCCAGAGAUCCCAUCCGAUGCAGAGAAUGUGGCUACAGGAUUAUGUACAAGAAGAGGACAAAGCGAUUGGUUGUGUUUGAUGCUCGUUAAAGUGGACACCUCCCCGGCUCGCAGGACCUGUUUGUUGUGUUAUUGGUUUUUAGUGGACUCAUUCAUAUGAAUAUUUUCUUUGAGAAUCUAAAAAGUAUGUGAUAUUUCUGUAUGAAACUGUAAAUUAAUGCUUGCUUGGUAAUAAACAUUUUGUAACUAAAAAAACAUAA